AUGGUCGACGGUCGGGAUCAUCCUGGGGCUACGAAUAAUAGAGAUAAGGGCGAGGCGUCUGUUGACGUGUUCCAGGUCCACGUGUACGCGUCCCAUUCGUCUACGCUCGUCGCGCUCCGCUCGCACAUCGCCGCGCUGGACGAGCAAUCGGCGCCGCCCAUCGCGGCGGAAUUCCUGGAAGAACUGCGACGCGUGAAGAAGCAUCUGAACCGCGACUCGUCAUCCUCCCCAUCCUCCCCUUCCUCCUCUUCCUCCUCUUCCCCUACCUCCUCUCCUUCCUCCUCUUCCCCAUCUCCCUCCUCCUCCUCCCUCUCGUCCUCUGACGAUCAGACCGCCGCACCUUCCCUUCCUCCUCCCCUCGCUGCGCUCCUCCCCAAGGCCCUCUCCGCUAAAAGCUCAUCCGUUAAAGGCACAUUCGCGCAAGCCUUCAACGCCGUGGGUUACGUGCGCAACGCCCUCAUUUCCUCGCACCUUCCUUUCGAGCCCGGGCGAGCUGACUCGAGGAAGAAUUCGUUUACGACGCGAUUUGCUACAGUCACAUUCACUAAGGAGGAAACGGCCGCCCUUCUGGCCGCAGCGGAGUCGCACGGGUGCUCCCUGUUCUCCCUGGAGUGCGCAGCAGGGCUCAAAGCUGCCGCCCGGAUGAAGCAGCUGGGCGGCAGAACUGAAGUGUUCAGCCUGGGAAGUGCCAUUGGUUGCCGCACCAUUCUCGACCCGCCCCUUCCUCAGACCGCCUUGGGCGAGUACAUGUCCAUGCUGCCUCUCAAGCAGGAGGUUUCCGAGAAGCUGCCCUUCUGGGACGUUGCCACGUCAAUCAGCGCCCAUGCUGAGUCAGCACUGCAGCGGCAGCAGCAGUUCACAGACAUGCCGGUUCUCGAGCUGCUCUUUUCCACGGCCAUGAAGAUGCCGAGCCUCUCCCCAGACCACUCCCUCCGAACCUGCUUCAUCACAGCCGGCAUGCUCGCACCCCUCAAGGUCAACUGGCAGCUAUCCAAACCAGAUACCGAAGCUGUUGUGGAGGCUCGGGCCAAGGCAACUCAUUUGACAGGCAUGGGAUCAGAGCCGGUACAACUGGAGCAAGUGCUUGGGCCUGUCGUGUCUGCCCAUGGGGUCGGCCCUGCCAUUGCCAUUCCGGAUACUCUCUCGGACGGCAUUCUCCGGCUGAGCUUCGUGUUCGUCACACCUCUCUUCACUCGCGAGCGCAUGACGACAUUCGCGACACUCACACGUGGUUUCAUGCUAGAAGCUGCCCGCUUGUGA